AUGUGGGCCGUCUUUCUAUUAUCAUUAAUCAGCAGUGUCUAUUGCUAUGAAGAGAAGUGGAACAGUUAUAUGGGAGAAAUGAGAUGGCAUUCAUUUGAGGGAGGACUGGAAGAGGCAAAAAGAAGAGAAUUGCCAAUACUUGCGUUCUUUACUGCAGAUGAAUGUGAGCAAUGCCCCGUCUUCUUCCAGUUUUUUAAUGUGAACCCACGAUUCAGAAAAUUGUCGAAAAACUUUGUGUUGGCAGCACUGGACUCGACUGAUGUCUACUUCACGGCGGAACCAUUUGAUAAAGAGAACUACGCGCCUAAAUUUGCAUUCUUUGAUUACAACGGGAAGCUCUUGCCAUUCGAUAGUUACGAGAGUGAGGAACACAAGUACUUCUUUGGUAACUUGGAGCUCCUCAUGAACGCUAUGGAAGAUGUUGACGAGUAUAUGUUUGACGUGAAAAGUGAAUUAUAA